GUCGUCGGGUCAUUCAAGUCUCUCUCCUGCUCCUCUGCCACUUGCUCUUUCUCUCUGCUUUCAUCCCCCUUGGCACAUUACAACCUCUGAACUGCGCCAGUAUACCAUCUCUACCCAUGGGUCGCGUUCUAUUAAAGGUUAUCAUCCUUGGUGAUAGUGGGGUCGGGAAGACCUCCUUGAUGAACCAAUAUGUGAACAAGCGAUUUAGCAACCAGUACAAAGCCACAAUCGGCGCAGACUUCUUAACGAAGGAGGUUAUGGUGGAUGACCGUCUUGUUACUAUGCAGUUAUGGGACACAGCUGGUCAGGAACGCUUCCAGUCUCUUGGCGUGGCUUUCUAUCGUGGCGCAGACUGUUGUGUAUUGGUGUAUGACGUGAACAGUGCAAAAUCAUUCGAAACCUUGGAUAGUUGGCGAGAUGAAUUCCUCAUUCAAGCCAGUCCUCAUGACCCAGAGAACUUCCCUUUUGUCGUUCUCGGUAACAAGAUUGAUAUGGAGGAGAAUAAGCGUCAGGUCACGCAGAAACGUGCAAUGACAUGGUGCCAGUCGAAGGGCAACAUCCCCUACUUUGAGACUUCGGCGAAGGAAGCCAUAAAUGUCGAACAGGCAUUCCAGACCGUUGCGAAGAACGCUCUCCAACAAGAGGCAGAGGAGCAACUAUAUGUCGAUUAUCCUGAUCCGAUCAGGAUCGAUUCUGAGAGCUCGCAGAACUAUGGCUGCAGUUGCUGAAUCGCCUGACGGACUUCUUUGGACCUGUAUCCUUUUAUCUCAUAUUUCUCGUUUCCUCCUUCGUCAUGCCACGACCCUCGCACGUUGUCCUUUCUGAUGUUUGCACUAAUAUAUCGACACCUUCGUUUCAAGUUGUUUUGUCAUCUGUAUAUUCAUAUCCGCAAUUGUGAUGUUACUGGAUUUUGUACUUUCGCAAGCUAGACUUCUUGGAAUAACCUGACUGGUGCGGUACCAC